CCGGGGGCCGCCGCGCCGCCGCUCGCUGCUCCGCCGCCGGCUGGGCAUGAGUUAGUCGCAGACAUGGACACCAAACAUUUCCUGCCGCUCGACUUCUCCACCCAGGUGAACUCCUCGUCCCUCAACUCCCCGACAGGCCGAGGCUCCAUGGCUGCCCCCUCGCUGCAUCCUUCCCUGGGACCAGGCAUCGGCUCCCCACUGGGCUCCCCAGGGCAGCUACACUCACCCAUCAGCACCCUGAGCUCCCCCAUCAAUGGCAUGGGCCCACCCUUUUCCGUCAUCAGCUCCCCCAUGGGCCCCCACUCCAUGUCGGUACCCACCACACCCACCCUGGGCUUCGGCACUGGCAGCCCCCAGCUCAACUCACCCAUGAACCCCGUCAGCAGCAGUGAGGAUAUCAAGCCCCCGCUGGGCCUCAAUGGCGUCCUCAAGGUUCCUGCCCACCCCUCAGGAAACAUGGCGUCCUUCACCAAGCAUAUCUGUGCUAUCUGUGGGGAUCGCUCCUCAGGCAAACAUUACGGCGUGUACAGCUGCGAGGGCUGCAAGGGCUUCUUCAAGAGGACGGUGCGCAAAGACCUGACCUACACCUGCCGCGACAACAAAGACUGCCUGAUUGACAAGCGGCAGCGGAACCGCUGCCAGUACUGCCGCUACCAGAAGUGCCUGGCCAUGGGCAUGAAGCGGGAAGCUGUGCAGGAGGAGCGGCAGCGGGGCAAGGACCGGAAUGAGAACGAGGUGGAGUCUACCAGCAGCGCCAAUGAGGACAUGCCUGUGGAGAAGAUUCUAGAAGCCGAGCUGGCUGUCGAGCCCAAGACUGAGACCUAUGUGGAGGCAAACAUGGGCCUGAACCCCAGCUCACCAAACGACCCUGUCACCAACAUCUGCCAAGCGGCAGAUAAGCAGCUCUUCACGCUCGUGGAGUGGGCCAAGAGGAUCCCACACUUCUCUGAGUUGCCCCUGGAUGACCAGGUCAUCUUGCUGCGGGCUGGCUGGAAUGAGCUGCUCAUCGCCUCCUUCUCCCACCGGUCCAUAGCCGUGAAGGAUGGGAUCCUCCUUGCCACUGGCCUCCACGUUCACCGGAACAGCGCUCACAGCGCGGGGGUGGGCGCCAUCUUCGACAGGGUGUUGACUGAGCUGGUGUCCAAGAUGCGGGACAUGCAGAUGGACAAGACCGAGCUGGGCUGCCUGCGUGCCAUUGUUCUCUUCAACCCUGACUCCAAGGGACUCUCAAACCCUGCUGAGGUGGAGGCCCUGAGGGAGAAGGUGUAUGCAUCGCUGGAGGCUUACUGUAAACACAAGUACCCCGAGCAACCUGGCAGGUUCGCCAAGCUGCUGCUCCGCCUGCCUGCUCUGCGCUCCAUCGGUCUCAAGUGCCUGGAGCACCUGUUCUUCUUCAAGCUCAUUGGGGAUACGCCCAUUGACACCUUCCUCAUGGAAAUGCUGGAGGCCCCUCACCAGGCCACCUAGGCCUCGGCUGCCACGUACCAUCCUGCGCCCUGCCUGGACACAGCUGCUCUGCUAGGCUCCAGCCCUGUCUCCGCUCUUCUUAAUGGCCUGUGUGGACCUUUGGGGUACAGAGUGUCCCUGUGUCCCCCAGAGAUGUGUCACCAUCCUUGUCAUCUUUAUUACUGCUUGCCUUUGGCCCAGGGCCAUUGCCAGAGCUGGUGUGAGACCCAGCCAGCAUCCCCUCCCAGGCUCUUAGGUGCUGUGCCAUCACCCAGAGGGUCUUGGGAUGACUUAGUGGUCUUCAGGGCCUGGAGCUGCAGGAGUUGGGAGAGGGGCUUGUGCUGGUUGCUGGUUUUCAAAGUCUUCUUAUUUGGCCCCUCAGCUUGGAGUCCUGGUACUGGUCAGUGUGAGAGCCCACCCAGGGUAAGGUGGGGACAGGCCCUGUCUCAUUGCAAAGACCUAUGUCCCCUGGGCCGCAGCUUCCCUUGGCUUAGAGUACAGGGGGAACAGGCUGUGAGUUCCCUGCAGCCGUUGCGCAGGUUUCUGGAGACAGGUCAGGGCUGCAGGGGCUAAGGGUCUUGCGGUCAGCUCAUCUCAAGCUCCUGUUUGUGUCAUUGUCCUGGUUUCAGCUUCUCUCUCAACCCAGGGUGAGCACACUGCCUAGUGCCCUGGCCUCUUCCCUACCCCAGACCGCCUGUGACCUGUGUUGGGGACUGAAACUAGUCCUUGGCUCCAGAUGGCUAGUCCUGUCCUAGGUGGGUCAGCUUCCUGUGGCCCUUUCCUGUGGACGCUGGAUCUGAAGGCUCUGAGAAGGAAGAGGAGAGGGGAGGGUCCACCCUUCUAAGAGGCAGAGGCAGCUAGAGGGACUAGAGGGACUUGGAACUGUGUCCUGGUGUGGUCAGCAUGCCGAAGUGCUGUAUGGGCCCCAUCUCUGGCUAGCUGGUUUGUGCCUGGAAUACCCAACAGGCCUUGCUGUAACCUCCUAGCAUGUUACCUGUAGAGGAUGUUUACCCAGAGCAUUAACCAGGGGCUCAGUUACAUGAGCUUGGCAAUGAGGAGUAGGUUCAGGCCUCAGCCCGGCCCUGCGCAGCCCGCUACAGGCCAGUCGCCUCUCAGGUUGAACUGCCUCGUUUGCACUGUGAGGCCUCCUUGGUCUCCAGUCCAUGUCACGCUGGUGUCUCCUGUCCAUGGCCCCGAUUUGUCAGAAGGGGACUGAGUAGGUGUGGCAGGUGGAUGGCGGGAAGGUCCACACUGGCUUCCCUAGCAUCUGGUCUCCCGCUGGUGCAAGGGACGUGUGGGGCUCCUCAUGGAUCAGGGCAUCUACGACAUUGGGCCUAGAGGUAAAGGGCAGGAGGAAAUAUGUGGGGAAGGACCUGUUCAUUCAUCUUCUACUUUCCCAGAGACCCCCAUCCGAGGCUCCUGAGCAGAGGCUGUAGGCAUCAGAUGUUUCAAACACAUCUUCCCUGUGCCCUACCCCUCAGUGUUAUGUCUUGGGAGAUAUACACAGGGCACCUUCAUGCUGUGCCAGGACCAACUAGCCACCCCUUUUCGCAAACUGUCCCAGAAAGUCUGUGCCACUUUUGAGAUGUGACACUAGGCAGUGGGGGUCCCUGCUCCGUACCCACUGCUACGCCAUCUGCAGCCAGAUACACCCGUAGUCCACACCACCCUGUCGUAGGUGGUACUGUGGGUUCUUUUGGACCUUUCAGUAUUGCAGGUGGCUCCAGGGGAGGAAACCCUAGGUCGGCGCCUGUAGGGGAGCCGUGUGUCCCGGGCCUGAGUUGUAAAGCACCUAACCCUGAGCAGCCGUCUCCAGAAGCCAGAAGCCCAGGCCCUUCCGGCCUGUGCAGCCUUACCCAGCACUGUUUGUCAUCUUAGACUCCUUGUGGGCUUCCUGUCCCCUGAGUCCCAUUGUCACUGUCUUUCUAUGUACAAUGCUGUUUGUGUGGGAGGUGUGGGCACGCACUCAUGAGGGACCUGGCAUGUUCAUUACCAGCCCUUCAGUGGUGUUACAGUCUGGCUCAUUUAAGGUGAUUGUUUUGUAAUUAUUAUUGUUAUUGUUAUUUUGGUGGGACAAUCUUUAAUUUUCUAAAGAUAGCACUAACAUCAGCUCGUUAGCCGCCCCACACCUGUCCCUGCUUCGGCCUGGCUGUAGGAAGCAGCUGCCACCAAGGGCCACAUGGUUUCUACAUGGCCGCGUCUUGGUCCUCCGGGCCAUGCUCUGCUCCCCAGCUCUGUCACCUCCUUGCUUGGACACUCGAUGAGGCUUCCGUGGCUAAGAAGUGAAGAUGACCAUUGAAUCUGGUGGCCUGCCUGGGGCAUGUCACCCAGAUAGGCCCCUGUGGCAGCUGCUGGUCCUUGUCACCCUGGAAGCACACAGUCUCUGAGGGGAAUUUGACCCCACUCCCUCCGUUUCCAUGUCACAGCACACCCAAGGAUUCUGGCCUGGCAGCCUGAUAAUAGUGCCGAGGGACAACAGAGCCCCCUCCUCUGGGGUCCCCAAGGAGGCCUGGCCAGGGCAAGUGGCCAGUGGAUAAUGAGCUGGUGUCCCCAUCCAUGCAGGUGUGCGCUGUGCAGACACCGUGCAAGAGACUGCAUGACAGCGACGUGCAGGAGACGCACCGCAGUUACUGACGCCUUGUGUUUCAUUUUAAUCAAGACUUUCCCGUUUUCUUGUAAAUUUGCUUCGUGUAAGCAAGUACCUAAGACCCCUCCUGUGGUGACAUCAGGCUCAUGACUAGCUGGAGGCAGGAGAUGCAUCUAUUUUCAGAUGCCAUGGAGCCGGUGCCGUCCCCAUAUCUAGCCAUGCCUUAGCCGGGACGUGUAGCCACUGUGGGGAGGAUGCCACGUCCGCAGGGAGAAAAGAUAGAGAAAUGUCUAAAGCACCGGGAGAGGUAAAAGAAUCUAUUUUUGUACAAAUGUAAUUUUAUCCCUCAUGUGACUCUAUGGUAUGGCGGGUGGGACCUGUUUUGUUUCUGCUUCAAGUGCCGAAGAGGAAUGUCAGGAUGUCGGGACACUGAGGUCGCAGAGGAGGCUCUGUGACAGGCCAAAGACAAGACGUGUGGGAGACUGCCGCAGACGGACAUUUCCUGUUGGGCGGGGGUGCAGGCCCAGGACCUGCAGGAUUUUCUUCCCCUUUGGAGUGAUUCGAACAACCGUACUCUGUCCUCGGUGCUGGCCAGCCUUCCUGCGACUCAUCUGACUGUGAAAUGACUUCCCUGCGUAACUGCUGUCUGGGACAUCGUGGCGCAGACGCUGGGCUUGACCAACAGUGGUCUCAGGAUUGUGGAAUAGAAACACACAGAAAAACGUGAGAGGAGAAACAAAAUAUGAGCGUUUCAAAAUAUA